AUGUUCCUUUUUGAAGUUUUUUGCUGCUUUGCUUUAGUCGGGGCCUACAAAAUACUGGUGUUCUCCCCAGUAAUUAGUCGUUCUCAUAUGAUCUCAAAUGGAAGGAUUGCUGACGAACUGGCCGUGGCAGGACAUGACGUGGUGGGACUUGCACCCCAGAAAAUAAACCUAUGCGGAAACGGCAUUGCCCAUGUGCUUGGCAUCAGAUCACACUUCUGGGUAUCAAGUUGCCCUAUCAGUGAUCAUAUGGCCUGGGUGUUGGGAAUGCCCCAGCCAUCCUCAUACAUACCUUCUUUGAUCGGCACCGAUUCCAACCAUCGAAUGAGCUAUUUUGAACGCGUUCAAAAUAUUUACUACACUUUCUUGUACAUCUACUUUUCCGAGUUGGGUGUUUUCAGAAGGAAAUAUGGGGCAGAUUUUCCCAAUUUGGCUGAAAUUGCUUCCAACUCUGAUAUGAUAUUUGUGGCUACAGACGAAUUUAUCGAAAUACCACGUCCUACUCUUCCUAAUGUCGUUCAUAUAGGCGGAAUAGGCGUGAUCCACUCAUCUCUUUUACAGCCCUUUGCCCAUGAGCUCGAAAAAGGCGCCAAAGGAGUUGUCUAUUUUUCAUUAGGGACACUAGUCAACACUACUUCACUGCCUCCUACUGCUAUGACUACGGUGAUGAAUGCGGUCAAGCAAACUCCAGAUUACCAUUUCAUUUUGGUUGCAGACAAAUACGACAAAUUCACAAGAAUGCUUGCCGAUAGUGUGUCGAAUGUAUACAUCUGUUCGUGGGCACCACAACCUGCUAUCCUAAGUAAGUUUGAAGAUAUUACGCUACUUCUCAAACUACCUUGA